AUGGCCGCGGACGUGGAGCAGCGGCUGGGCGCCCUCCCCGUCUUCACCCGCGACGACUUCGAGGGCACCUGGCGCCCAGUGGCGAGCGGCGGCUUCAGCCAGGUGUUCCAGGCGCGGCACAAGCGCUGGCGGACCGAGUACGCCAUCAAGUGCUCCCGCUGCCUCCAGCCUGACACCAUCAGCUCUGAUGUGAAUUGCCUCAUUGAAGAAGCAACCAAAAUGGAGAAGAUCAAGUUUCAGCACAUCGUGUCCAUCUACGGGGUAUGCGAGCAGCCCCUGGGUAUUGUGAUGGAGUUCAUGGCCAACGGCUCCCUGGAGAAGAUGCUGCCCACCCACAGCCUCUGCUGGCAGCUCAAGUUCCGCAUCAUCCAUGAGACCGGCUUGGCCGUGAACUUCCUCCACAGCACUGACCCACCACUGCUCCACCUGGACCUCAAGCCAGGCAACAUCCUCCUGGACAGCCAUAUGCAUGUCAAGGUUUCGGACUUCAGCCUGUCCAAGUGGAUGGAACAGUCAGCCCGGAUGCAGUACAUAAAGAGGUCAGCUCUGCAGGGCACCCUCAGCUACAUCCCCCCUGAGACGUUCCUGGACAGCAACAAGAGCCCAGGGCCCAAACACGAUGUGUACAGCUUCGGGAUUGUCAUCUGGGAGAUUCUCACUCAGAAGAAACCGUAUUCAGGCUUCAACAUGAUGACCAUUAUGGUGCGAGUGGCCGCAGGCCUGCGGCCCUCCCUGCAGCCUGUCUCUGAUGAGUGGCCGGCUGAGGCCCAGCAGAUGGUGGACCUGAUGAGGCGCUGUUGGGACCAGGACCCCAAGAAGAGGCCCUGCUUUCCAGACAUCACAGUGGAGACAGACAUGCUGCUGUCCCUGCUCCAGAGUCCUGUGGCUGACCCAGAAAGCGAGGCCCUGACCAGGAAGGUGUCCUUCACAGCGUGUCUGCGCCGGCCCCGGGAGGUCAGUGAGGAGAUCAGCCAGGAGCUAACAGACAGCGACUCAGGAGACUACUUGAAGCGCGUCCUGACUCUCUCAGACAGCAAGAGCCUGGUCCUGAGCCAUGAGCAGCUGCGCCUCUGUGAGAACAAGGUCACUGCCCUCCACUUCCUGGUGGCUCAGGGCCGCCUGGAGCAAGUGAGGCUUCUGCUGGCCCAGGAGGUCGACGUGGACUGCCAGAUGGCCUGUGGCUACACUCCUCUCCUCGUCGCCACCCAGGACCAGCACCCCGACCUCUGUGCCCUGCUCCUGAAGCACGGUGCCGACACCAACCUGGUGGACGAGGACGGCUGGGCCCCGCUGCACUUCGCAGCCCAGAAUGGGGACGACCGCACUGCCCGCCUCCUCCUGGACCACGGGGCCCGUGUGGAUGCCCAGGAGCACGAGGGGUGGACCCCGCUCCACCUGGCUGCGCAGAACAACUUUGAGAAUGUGGUACGGCUUCUAGUCUCCCGUCACGCUGACCCCAACUUGCAGGAGGCUGAGGGCAAGACCCCUCUCCACGUGGCCGCCUACUUUGGCCAUGUCAGCCUGGUCAAGCUGCUGACAGGCCAGGGGGCCAAGUUGGAUGCUCGGCAGAGAAACCUGAGGACACCACUGCACCUGGCGGUGGAGCAAGGCAAAGUGAGGGCCAUCCAACACCUAUUAAAGAGUGGGGCGGCCGCUGAUGCCCUUGACCAGAGAGGCUACAGCCCACUGCACAUCGCCACUGCGAGGGGCAAGUACCUUAUCGGCAAGAUGCUGCUCAGGUACGGCGCCAGCCUCGAGCUGCCGACCCACCAGGGCUGGACGCCCCUGCAUCUAGCAGCCUACAAGGGCCACCUGGAGAUCAUCCACCUGCUGGCCGAGAGCCAUGCAGACGUGGGGGCUCCCGGAGGCAUGAACUGGACCCCCCUGCACCUGGCUGCCCGUCAUGGGGCAGAGGUGGUGGUGUCCACACUGCUGCAGUGUGGGGCUGACCCCAAUGCUCCCGAGCAGUCAGGCUGGACGCCCCUCCACCUGGCAGUCCAGAGGGGGGCCUUCCUGAGCGUCAUCAACCUCCUGGAGCACCAUGCAGAUGUCCAUGCCCGCAACAAGGUGGGCUGGACGCCUGCCCACCUGGCCGCCCUCAAAGGCAACAUGGCCAUCCUCAGAGUGCUGGUCGAGGCCGGUGCCCAGCUGGACACCCAGGACGGGGUAGGCUGCACACCCCUGCAGCUGGCCCUCUGGAGCUAA